GAAGAAAAAGAAAAUACAGUAAAACGUCAAUUAUCCGGAGGCGGAGUAAUCGGCGGGCGGAUUAACCGUGCGCCGAAAAUUGAUUGCUGUUCAACCGUGGUAAACAUUUGUAUUGAUGCCAGGUUGGAUAAAAUUGUUUGCGACCAAACGAUAUAUUUGAAAUGUUUUUAUUUUACUUUCUAAACAAAAUUUUAACUGAUAUUUGAUAAUAAUUUAUUUGAUCCGGAAUCAUUUUUAGCAUCAAAAGGACUACGACAGAGCCAUUUUAAUAUUGGAUAACGCUCCGUCACAUCCAGCAGAAUCGAUUUUGAACCGGUAUUUGUCCGGUCCCGAGCACCAUGAAUAAUCGACGAUCUACUGUAAUUUCUUGUAUCUCAACCUAAUAUAAUAGCAAAUUAAAACUCCAAUCAUUCGCAAGAAUAUAAUAAUAUGUUUGAAAAAACCCCUAAAAGAACAAAUUGUGAACAAAUUUUCUCGCUAAUUUUGCGCCAUUUAAAAGACCUUGCUGGGGGAAAGCUUGACUUUUGCAACAUGCAAUCGAAAAGAACCCCGUUCAUGGUAGCAAAAUUAUUUAGAAAUUGGCCACUUACAUGAUUUCUGACAUACAAGCUCACAUUUCAAGCCAUGCAGGUAAAGCCACUGUUCGAGUGUCGAAGAAAUGUUUUUGCUCGUUGGGAAAGUUUCGAAAUAUAUUCGCUUGCGCCUGCGCCGUGAUUCAUAGAAGUUUUUGUUUAGCAGAAGCUAACAUUUAAUUGUUGGCCUUUUCCUAACAAAUAUUCCUCGCGAGUGGUUCAGUGUUGAGUGUUCAGUAUGGAUAGUGAGAAAAUUCGCGAACGUGCCGACAGUGUUCUACAACAUGCGAAAAAUCUUCUGCUAGAAGAUGAAUCUGAGGUUGAAGAUGACACUGUUGAGAAUGAUGAAGAAACUGUGAGUAAAAAUGGAAACGCAGAGGAUGAUCACGGUGAAAACGACGGAAAGAAAACUGACGAUGAAAAUACCAAAGAAACAAAAUCGGAUUCUUCGGUAACGAGCAACAGACGAAUGCUGGAGGGACAACUAGGUGCGUUGCAGGUCGAUAACGAUCGACUAAAGACAGAAUUGAAUGAUUUGCAAGAACUCAAACAACGUUUGACUUGCAAUUUGGAAGUGCAAAACGAGAAGCAUCGAAAUGAAGUAAAACGGUUUGAUUUGGAACUUAAAACUGCUACAGAAUCGAUGGCGAAGAUGAUAUUAACAAACCAAAACGAAAUGGAGAAAUCGCGUCAAUUGAGAAUAGAUUUCAUUGCGAUUGAAAAUGUAAGGGAAGAUUUGAAAGACGAAUUAAAGGAGAAGGAGAUGUUGUAUCGUUCGGAGUUGAACAAUCUCAAUGAAAGCUUGCAACAAUCGAAAUUGGAAAACACCAAACUUACGGAUCUCCUUGAUGAGAUGAAAGUAACGAAUCUAAAACAAAGAAAAGAAUUGUGCCAAUUGACAAAAAAUUUGGAAAAUAAGGAAGCAUGGUACGUUUCAAGACUGUUGGAACUCACGGAGGAAUUGCAGGAAGAAAAAUUAAAAAACUGUAAAGAUGCUGAUCGUCUCCAAAUGAUGAAAUAUACAAAUCCCUUGAGACCACAAACCGGUCCGGAAAAAUAUACAUCCCUAAGAAAACGGGUUUGGCAGUCCCAGCUACCCAAAUAACCAAAUAAUCUUAAGAAACUAAUUUGAACACGCGAACGAUCGCUUCUCUAAUAAUCGCCUUUUGUAGUAGAUAAACAGCUUCAAAGUUUGCCGUUCUUUUAACCGACCCAUAAGAAGCUUCUGACUGUCAAACUAUAAAAGAAUGUGUUUAUGCACCUUUAAUUUUCAUACAAGACGAUAUAAAACAAAAUGAAAUGUGAAAAAAAUAAUCAUUCCUGCUUGAAGAUGCAUUUGUUGUUGUGUAGUCCACAUACUACAAUGACAUCUUUGCGGAUACAUUCAUGUUGCGGAUGCAACGAGAGUUUUGAAUAUAUGUUUUAAAAUUGUAACUUAUCGCAUGGGAUCGUUGAGCUAGACCAAAAUAAACAGAGAACUUUAGAAAGGUCAUGCGUCAAGUAGGUUUACGAAGGAUGUCCAAGGGAUGCCUAAAACUAAAACUACCGACUCAAGUGCAUCAAUAAACAGCUUAGGACAGGAAUGCAUGUACAGCACAACGAGCUGCCUUCAAUAGUGUCAAAAUUCUAUUAUUUGUAAGCAAUUUUUCUGACAAUGCGUCUAAUCAGGCAGAAACACUAGACACAAGCACUAGGAACCAAGGCAGACCACUUGCCAUGAGUUUAUUUAGGAUGAAAAUAGAAGAAAAGAGGAUAAGACCAACGCAAUCGAACCAACUAAUAUUCCACCAUAAUGCGUUGAUGGUACGCACGAAUAAGACACAAACACAUUCAAAUAUUGUUAGUACAUAUGUAUAUAAGCUGUUCAAAUUUUUUGUCUUUGUUUAUUGUUAAUUGUUCUUGAAAAACUCAGAUUUAUUUCAGAACUGAAACGAAGAACGUCUCGACUUUCAUUUGAAUUUCCUUGACCUCUCCUUAGGC